GCUUUUGUGGCCACAGGAACCAAUCUGUCUCUCCAGUUUUUUCCGGCCAGCUGGCAGGGGGAGCAGCGGCAGACGCCGACCCGGGAAUAUGUCGACUUUGAAAGAGAAGGAGGCAAGGUGUACUUGAAGGCACCUAUGAUUCUCAAUGGUGUCUGUGUAAUCUGGAAAGGCUGGAUAGAUCUGCAGAGACUGGAUGGUAUGGGCUGCCUGGAGUUUGAUGAAGAGAGAGCACAGCAGGAGGAUGCAUUGGCACAACAAGCCUUUGAAGAAGCUCGGCGAAGAACUCGUGAGUUCGAGGAUAGAGACAGGUCUCAUCGGGAGGAAAUGGAGGCAAGAAGACAGCAAGACCCUAGUCCUGGCUCUAACCUAGGAAGUGGUGAUGAUCUCAAACUACGUUAAUCAGCAGCGGCAGCAGCAGGCAUACCGUGGGGCUGCACACGUGCAUUGCUUCUACUUGGCAAAGGAUUUAAUAAAAGACCAGAAACUGUGAUAACUGGGUAUAUUAUGGUCUGUUUCCUGACCUGCGGCAGUCGCAGUCACCAUGAACUGCCAUGGUUUGCACUAUGUUUAUGUUACAAUACCUGCAUUUCCCAUUUUAAGCAUGUAGCCAGUGGCAAUUUGAAAAUUUGUUGGUUUUUUUUUUUUCUAUGCAAACUUAUUUUUGUUGGCACUAUUGUAGUGAAAUGGAAACUUAUGCAGCUAUAAAAGCAUUUUUUCUCAACUCCAAUAAAAAUUGUCACUUCAAAAUAGGGCAAGAUGUUACAGAUUUAAAACUUUUUGGGGUUUUUUUUGUUGUUUUCUUUUUUUUUGUAAACUGCUGGAAGCCAAUGCAUUCCAAGCUUCAUUUUUUUUUUUUUUUUAAUAUGGGCUUUUGGAAUUUUGAUUGUCCUUCUUGUGCUCCUGCUUUAUUUUAGAUACGCAUUCUUACCUUUCUUUCAGUCUUCUCUUUUUCUAAAUUUGCAAGACCUUCUUAAAA